UACAGAUACAAAUCUUAAAAAUUCCCAGUGGCUGUUGCUUUUGACAUAUUUCAUGUAAAAUUAGUUGUCAAUAAGCAUUAAAAAUUAAAAAUGUGCUGAAAUUUCUGGCCAUGUUCUACCAAUAGAAAAAUGUUACGCAGCAUAUUCAGUUUAAUUCAAAAUAUAAUAGACUCCGAUAAAGAAUAUAACAAUAAAAAAUCAGCUACAGUUAUUUACUUGAAGUCAAAUCCAGAUAAUACACUCAACAUGGACUUGGAAAUUGACGGAAAACAAAGAGAAAACUUGAAAUCAAUUGAUGCUAACCGCGCACAGUCAUCAGGAUCAUUUAAAAUCACAACUGAACAAGGAGAUACCGUAACUUGCAAGCACUUCACUGAUCAAAAAAUCGUACCGAAAAGUAUUGACAGACAUGAUAAAAUAGCCCAGGAAUAUGAGCAAGUGGCGAAAAUUGGUGAAAGAGUAACUUUUUCGAAUGAAGAACGAGAAGAAAAAAAAAGCAGAAAAGAUGAGCCCGAGAUAUAUGAAGAACGUCAAGGAGAUGCAAACAUGAGUGUUAGAGAAUUAUUGUCAAAAUUGCCCAAAAACGAAAUUGAGAAUAUUGGAAAAG